GGAGGAGGAGGAAGAAGAGGAGGAGGCGGCCGUGGCGGCGCUGUUACCGCCGAGCUGUGGCGAGGGAGGGGAGCAGCGGCCGGAGAAGCCGGCGAGACCCGCCGUCGUCGUCGUCGUCGUCGUCGAGCCGAGGGGCGGCGCUAGGCGCUGGCGGGGCCUGAGCCAGCUAUCGAGUCACCGUGUCACGGCGGCGGCGGCUGCCGCCCGGGAAGCAGGGAAACUGCCGCCGCCUCCUCCUCUCCUCUUCCUCCUCCUUCAAGGCCUCGCUCCUGCCACCCUCGCCGCCGCCGCCGCCGCCGCCUCCUGCUCGGCCGGAGCCGCUUCCCUCCCUGCGCGCGGCCCAAGGCGAAGCGAAUCCUCCCAAGGAAGGGAGGGACCGGCCCAAGCUAGGCCAGGCCUGCCCGGGCUGCGGAGCCGGCGCCAAGCGGCAGCCACAACCGGGGGUGGGAGGGCGGGAGGGAGGGAGCGGGGAACUGGAGCCCGGGACGGGCCUGGGCUGGGCCGCGCCGGGCCGCCGCCGCCGCCUUUCCCUCUGAACUAGGAUGUCCCGACAUGAAGGUGUCAGCUGCGAUGCAUGUUUAAAAGGAAAUUUUCGAGGUCGCAGAUACAAGUGUUUAAUUUGCUACGAUUACGAUCUGUGUGCAUCUUGUUAUGAAAGUGGUGCAACAACGACAAGGCAUACGACUGACCAUCCAAUGCAGUGCAUACUAACGAGAGUAGAUUUCGAUUUGUACUAUGGUGGAGAAGCUUUCUCUGUAGAGCAGCCACAGUCGUUUACUUGUCCUUAUUGUGGAAAAAUGGGUUAUACAGAAACGUCUCUUCAAGAACACGUUACUUCAGAACAUGCAGAAACAUCAACAGAAGUGAUUUGUCCAAUAUGUGCAGCAUUACCAGGAGGAGAUCCCAAUCAUGUCACAGAUGACUUUGCAGCUCAUCUUACACUGGAACAUAGAGCUCCUAGAGAUUUAGAUGAAUCCAGCGGUGUUCGGCAUGUACGUAGAAUGUUUCACCCAGGCCGGGGUUUGGGUGGCCCUCGCGCACGUAGAUCAAACAUGCACUUUACUAGCAGUUCCACUGGUGGGUUUUCAUCUUCACAGAGUUCAUAUUCUCCAAGCAAUAGGGAAGCCAUGGAUCCUAUAGCUGAGCUUUUAUCUCAGUUGUCUGGUGUGAGGCGUUCUGCAGGGGGACAGCUCAAUUCCUCUGGCCCUUCUGCGUCUCAGUUACAGCAGCUGCAGAUGCAAUUGCAGUUAGAACGGCAGCACGCACAGGCGGCACGACAACAACUGGAGACUGCACGCAAUGCAACCAGGCGCACCAACACUAGCAGUGUCACCACCACUAUAACACAAUCGACAGCAACAGCCAACACAUCUAAUACAGAAAACAGUCAGCAGACUAUCCAGAAUUCUCAGUUCCUCCUUACCAGGUUGAACGACCCCAAGAUGUCGGAAGCCGAGCGUCAGUCAAUGGAGAGCGAGCGGGCCGACCGCAGUCUGUUUGUCCAAGAGCUUCUACUGUCCACUUUGAUGCGGGAAGAAAGCUCCUCCUCUGAUGAGGACGAGCGCGGGGAGGUGGCCGAUUUUGGUGCUAUGGGCUGUGUAGAUAUUAUGCCUUUAGAUGUUGCUUUAGAAAAUCUAAAUUUAAAAGAGAGUAAUAAAGGAAACGAGCCUCCUCCACCUCCUCUUUGAUGACAUCCCACUUCGCAGACAAUGUCCUCUGUGCUGUAUUUGCCAAUGAAAGUGGACGACAACUAUCUUGGGUUUGUUUUGGUGAUUGUAAUUUCAGGUCUGUCACUCUUGUUACAUUGUGUACAUUCAAAGGAAGAGAGAGAGAGAGAGAGAGAAAAAAAAGAUAUAUAUGAUAAUCAUUUCCACUUAAAAUAAUUUUUACUUCUAGCAGGUAAAUGUAGGUUGCAGCGCAGAGGAGAGACUCCUCUGUGCCCUGUACUUUUGACAUGCAAAAAAGGCUCUCCUAAUACUCCACAUUCAAACUGAAGACGAAAAAAAAAAUGAAAUCUCUAAUGAAGCUGCUGUGUGUAUUUAUGAAUAUUAAUGAAUAAAAACUGCUUGGAUGGUUUACCUUUACUGCAUGAGGUUUUUUGCAGCGUGCAUGAGUUUUAGUGACCUUGUCAUUUAAAACGAGAAUUUAAAUACAAGGAGUAAAACUAUAAACAACACCUUCCCCCUCCCCCACCAAAAAAAAAGCUUUCCCAUUAUUCAAAGGUUACAAUACCAAGUUAGUGCUCGCUUAGCAGCGUGUGGCCAUCGAGUAGCUUUUGAAUAAUGUCUGUCGGUCCCCACCUUUUUUUGUCCGUGCUGUGUUGGCACGUCGCGCAAGCUCUUCAGUGGGACAGCUUGUCGUUUUCCAGGGUGUGGCGUUUUGCUCAGUGUGACCCUUGUGUUGCUCUCUUUAACCAUCACGACAUCCACGUGGAGUUUCAGCCUGCUUUAUUUGCAUCUCGGGGAGGCACAAAAGUGAGGCCGAUGCCAAAACCUUCUUGCAAAGGAGGGGGGGAGGGCUUUUGUGUGCCCUUUAAUCAAAAUACUUGUUCAAUUUUGUUUUUAAGUUUUUUUUCUUUUUUUUUUCCAGGUUGUUAAGCAAAAAAAAAAAAAUUCAAACUGUUAAACAUGUUUUUAUUCAGGUGUAGAUGAUUCAUUUAUUCAUUGUCUUAAAAGAAAACGAAAGUUUAACCUGAAUUAUGUUGUCUUAGUUUUAAAGCCUUCACAGUCUCGAUCAUAUGUUUUUUGAGUUAUUUAUGUAUUUGCUUCCUAGUUUGCAGAGACUUGUCAGUAUCUGGAGAGCGCGAGGGAGAUGACUUCCCAAAACUUUUGUCAAUAUAUUACAACUGCAUUCUUAAUGCUAAACUCUGGCACCUUUUUAUUUAUUAUUUCUUCUUGAUUUUUUUUUUCUGGCAUAAAGUUAAAAAAAAAAGAAGCCUUUUAAUUGAAUCAUGCCACCUACAUGCCUAUAUUAUUAAUCCUGUAUGUAUAAAAAUGUACAGUGUUUUUGUGCAUAGACUUUCAUAAUAGCCCCAAGGCAAAGACAGUGGGGGUUUUUUUGAGUUUUUUUGGGGGGGAGAGGGAGGGAGGGGAUGUAAAGUUAGACUAUAAAGACAAAAUUGCACACAGCUUCUGAUAAAUUUAAACUAGGCUUAGACCAUUAUCAUGUUUCUCUCUAGUUUUUUUCCACUGUGCUCACCCUUCUUUUUCCUUUCUGCCUUCCCAUUUCCACAUUACAGACAUCUUAGAGUAAAAUUACAGACUUGAACAAGCAGGCGGGGUUUUCACAGACCUAAAUGCGGAUGCUUAUAUAAAAUGGCAAAAAAACCCCGACCCCAGGUUUUUGUUUCUGACUUGUGAUUUCUCUUUAAAAUACAAUCCUAGACUCGUUUUCUUUUUAGUCUCUGCAAUGGAAUGUUCUAAAGGGGAGGGAGGGGAUUUUACACCUGCCCUCUGGUUACCUUGGGAGUUUAACCGGGAGGGGAUUUUUUUUUUUAUUGUUGAGGAAUUUUCAAAACCAGUUUUCAAGCUGUAGUCUUUUCAAACACAUCUGCACAUUACAAUACGACACACAGUUCAAUAAAGCAUUUUCAAGACUGUU